AUGAUUUCCAGAAUACCGAUUCGAAUUAAACCAGUCAAUUUAUUAAGAUUUUACCUGGUAAAACCAAAAAAUGACGUUGUUAAAUUAUUGAGAUUAGCUAAACCAGAAUCAAAAUCAUUAUUUUUUGCAUUAAUAUGUCUUGGUAUAACUUCUGCGACUACAAUGUCAUUACCUUUAAUUAUUGGGAAAAUUAUUGACGAAGAUAAAGAUAAAAAGGUAUUUGGACUUUCAGAAAAACAAUUUUAUUCAUCAUUGGGGUGUGUAUUUAUUAUUGGUGCAACAGCAAAUUUUGGUAGAAUAUAUUUACUUCGAUCUGUUGGUGAAAGAUUAGUUGCAAGAUUAAGAUCAAGAUUAUUUUCAAAAAUAUUAUCUCAAGAUUCAUAUUUUUUUGAUGUUGGACCUAAUAAAAAGGGAAUGAAAACUGGAGAUUUAAUAUCUAGAGUUGCUAAUGAUUGUCAAAUAAUUUCAAAAAGUUUAUCCAUGAAUAUUAGUGAUGGUAUGAGAGCUAUAAUUAGUGGUUGUGUUGGUUUAACAAUGAUGUGGUGGGUUUCUUGGAAGUUAACAAUGUGUAUGAGUUUAAUGUUACCUCCUUUAUCAUUUAUGUCAUGGUUUUAUGGUAAAAAAAUAAAGAAAUUAUCAAAAUUAAUUCAAGAAAAUAUUGGUGAAAUGACAAAAGUUACAGAGGAAAAGUUUAAUGGGAUUAAAAUUAUUCAAUCAUUUUCACAACAAAAGCUUAUGGUACAUAAUUAUAAUCAAGAAAUUAAAAAAAUUUUUGAUUCAUCAAUGAGAGAAGCCAAAUAUAUGGGUUUUUUUUAUUCAAUAAAUGGAUUUAUUGGUAAUAUAACCAUGAUUGGAUUAUUAUUAAUUGGUACAAGAUUAAUUGGUGCUGGUGAAAUGACAAUUGGAGAUUUAUCAAGUUUUAUGAUGUAUGCUGUUUAUACUGGAUCUUCAGUUUUUGGACUCGGAAAUUUUUAUACAGAAUUAAUGAAAGGUAUUGGUGCUGCAGAAAGAGUUUUUGAAUUAGUUGAAUAUAAACCAAAGAUUAAUCAUUUUGGAGAAAAAGUGGAUAAUGUAAAUGGUGAUGUUAUAUUUAAAAAUAUAAACUUUAAAUAUCCAUCAAGAGAAGGACAUAUAUUUUCCAAUUUUAAUUUACAUAUAAAACAAGGUGAAAAUGUUUGUAUUGUUGGACCUUCAGGUUCUGGUAAAUCAACAAUAAGUCAGUUAUUACUUAGAUUUUAUGAUCCAAUAUCUGGUUCUAUCCAAAUUGGUGAUAAAUUUAUUGAUAAAUUGAAUUUAAAUAGUUAUAGAAGUCAUCUAGGUUACGUGCAACAAGAACCAUUAUUAUUUAGUGGUACUAUAAAGGAGAAUAUUCAGUUUGGAAUGGAUAAAGAUUUAACAGAAGCUUUAAAAUUAUCACAUUCAAAUUUUAUAGAUAAUUUACCAAAUGGAUUAAAUACUAUAAUUACAUCAGCUCAAUUAAGUGGUGGACAAAAACAGCGAAUAUCAUUAGCAAGGACAUUAUUAAGGGAACCUAAAAUAAUAAUUCUUGAUGAAGCAACAUCGGCUUUAGAUUCAAUUAGUGAAGAAAUGGUUAUGAAAAAUUUAUUAACAUUAAAUGAAAAGGGUGUUACUAUCAUAUCAAUAGCUCAUAGAUUAUCUACAAUUAAAAAUAGUGAUAGAAUAAUUGUAUUAAAUCAUGAUGGUGAAAUAGUAGAAGAUGGUAGUUUUGAAGAAUUAUAUAAUAAUAAAUCAAGUGAAUUUAAUAAAUUAUUAAAACAAAAGUAA